GACCCAGCGCUGCUGGGCCGGCCAUGGCAGGGGGGCAACCUGCAGGAGAGCAUGGCUAUGAGGAUGUUCUCGAAAGUCUGGCGGACUAUUUGAAGGAGAACGGACCCUUCGAUGGCCUGUGUGGCUUCGACAUGGGCGGAUGCCUUGCCUUUGAUGCCGCCAGACUCGCACAGGAAGGCGACCCACGGUUCGAGGAGAAAUUUCGGUACUUGAUCCUUUUUUCCACCCGCGGCCAUCGGGAGAUGGCGAAACUGUCGCAAGGAAGCUUCCGACCCAAAGCACCGCUGCAGCUGCCCACUUUUCUGUGCUGGUCCCAGGAGGAUGACUCCAAGCAGUAUUCCAAUUACGAGGACUUGGCGCUCUACAUCCAUCCCAACUACCGACAGAUUU